GUAUCGUAUGUCCGCUAUCCAGAACCUCCACUCUUUCGACUCCUUUGCUGAUGCAAGUAAGGGUGAUGACCUGCUUCCUGCUGGGACUGAGGAUUAUAUCCAUAUAAUAAUUCAACAGAGACACGGCAGGAAGACCCUCACUACUGUCCAGGGGAUCGCUGAUGAUUACGAUAAAAAAAAACUAGUGAAGGCAUUUAAGAAGAAAUUUGCCUGCAAUGGUACUGUAAUUGAGCAUCCAGAAUAUGGAGAAGUAAUUCAGCUACAGGGUGACCAGCACAAGAACAUAUGCCAGUUCCUCGUCGAGAUUGGACUGGCUAAGGACGACCAGCUGAAGGUUCAUGGGUUUUAAGUGCUUGUGGCUCACUGAAGCUUAAGUGAGGAUUUCCUUGCAAUGAGUAGAAAAAUUCCCUUCUGUCCCUUGUCACAAGUUUAAAAACCUCACAGCUUGUAUAAUGUAACCAUUUGGGGUCCGCUGUUUAACUUGGACUAGUGUAACUCAUUCAUGUAAUAAACUGAAAAGAGCCAU